GCCACUUCGAAAGUGGUCUAGGGGUCUGGUCCUCGGCUUCCCCUCGGGACUGUGUCUCGGCCGCCCGCCAGGGUCGUCGAGUCGCCUCUCUCCGACCUCGCCUCAGAGACCCUGCAGCCCGGACUCCGACUCUCCCGCUUCGACCAAGUCCGAGGCCCGGGCGACCCCUCGAGUCGGGGCCUUCCAGGCCAACCCCGCCGACCGGAGCCCGCUCGCCGUCGCCAUGGCGUGCAGUUUGCAGAAGCUGUUUAGUGUGGACGAGGAGUUUGAAGAUGAGGAUUUCUUGUCUGCUGUCGAGGAUGCAGAGAACAAGUUUGCUGGCUCACGGCCUAUGAAUGCUGGGAGCCUGCGACCUGGCUCGUCCAGGCCACAGGACAUUGUGCUGGCACAGGCUUCUGGGCAGCCGCCGUCAUGCCCCACCGCUUCUUCCGAGGCUUUGGGCCCAUCAUCCCUGGGACUCCGCCUUCCAAUCUCCAGUGUCCCCGGGGCCAUCAGGGGUCCACCUUCCACAGGAAGAGCCCCCCUAAGGCCUGUCUCCACUUCUAGCAGCUGGACCGGCCAUCACAGACGAGUGACACUGACAGAAGCGCUCCAAGAGCCAGCAAGACCCCCAACCUCAGCCUCUCGCCCCUUGCUCCCCUUUGAGAGCCAACAGGAGGUGAUUAGUGGCUUUGAGGGGCCUGAACAAGAUGACUUUGAUAAGGUCUUGGCAAGCAUGGAGCCGGAGGGGCCUGGCCUAGAGCCGGGACUCGGGACCAGCAGUGAGUCCACAGGAAUCCUGGCCACUUGGCAGCCAGAGGACUCGGCCUCGGCUAAAAAGGCCCGCGUAGCGGAUAUGAGCGGGUCUUGCCAAAAGGGGCCCCCGCCUGCCUCCCACGCACCGAGGAUUGGGUCAGCCCACGAUGAGCCCCCAGCACCCAGCAUUCGCUGUGGGACUGCACUGCCCCUCCUGAGACCUGGUGCUGUGAGCAGCCUUCCUACCCUGGCUGCCUCAGCACUUCCUGCCGAGCAGCCCCACUCGGAAGCCUGCCCCAAGGGGCCUGCUCUUCGAGCACCACUGCCUGUUCAGAGCAGCCCCCGAAAUCGAUUCCCUGGUCAAUCAUUCCAUUAUCCAAAUGCCUGUCUACGUGGCAAGUCUCCCCUUCAUGGACCAGGAACGCCCAACUCGAUCUGUCCUACUCCCUCAAGGACUAACUCUGCGUCAUUUCCUCGGAGCCCCUUACAACCCCGAGCUCCGGUGUCUUCCGUCAGGUGUCCCACCGGCCCCCCAGAGAACCCCCGUUCCUCCCUGGUUCCCCAGGCAGUGCUGCAGACGCCCAUCGUCACCAACCACCUGGUGCAGCUGGUCACUGCCGCCAGCCGGACACCCCAGCACCUCGCCCGCACCAAAACCCGCCGCUUCCCCGGGCCCGCAGGGAUCCUGCCCCACCAGCACAGCGGGAAGAAUCUGGAAGAGAUCAUGGUUUCCACACCCCAGACUCCGACCCAUGGUGCCCUGGCUAAAUUCCGGGCCGAGAUGGUUACUAGUUCCCAGGCGUCGGCGGAGGAGGAUUUUGGGCGAGGGCCCUGGCUGGCCAUGAAAUCUACUCUGGGCCUGGAUGAGAGGGACCCCACCUGCUUUCUCUGUACCUAUAGCAUCGUCAUGGUGCUGCGGAAGGCAGCCCUGAAGCAGCUUCCCAGGAACAAGGUUCCCAGCAUGGCAGUGAUGGUCAAGUCCCUGAGUCGGAGCACAAUGGACGCGAGUGUGGUUUUCAAGGACCCCACGGGAGAGAUGCAGGGCACGCUGCACAGGUCGCUGCUCGAGGCUCGUCAGAGUGAGCUGAAGCCUGGCUCGGUGCUGCUGCUGAAGCAGGUUGGAGUCUUUUCUCCUUCGCUCCGAAAUCACUACCUCAACGUGACACCCAACAACUUGGUCCGUAUUUACAGCCCAGAUUCUGGGGAUGGAAACCUCACGCCAUCUCAGCCCUUCCCCAAGGACCCCAGCAGCAUUUCUGGCAUCCUCCAUCACGAGACUGCAGAGUCCCAAAGAGGCCGGAGAGCAGCGCCCAGCACAGAAGCAGGGGUGCCCCCUGAGGCGGCGCUCCCCGAAGCAGAUGACCUGGAUGGACUCCUGAGUGAGCUCCCUGAGGACUUUUUCUGUGGGACCAGCAGUUGGCACUGCCCCGAGGCAAGGCACCCUCCGUGAGCAGGCAGCCUCUCGGCACCCAGGCAAGGCCCCGGAUGUGUCUGACUGGGUCCCGGGGAGAGAGGAAGCCUGGCACGACUUCAGGACAAACACGGUUCAGGGCUUUUAGGGCCGCCCCCACCCCGGGCGCCUUCCCUGGGAACGUCCUUGUCCCUCGGAUUCCCUGCUGCUGUCUCUCACUCCGGAACUCAGCCCAGGGGUGGCCAUUCUGCUCCUCUGUCCUCCAAGCCCUUGGGUGCGACCAUUCCUUCUCCUGCCAGCCGGGAAGGUGUGGCACUCCCCUGCCUCACCUCGACUUCAGAGGCCCCUGAGCUCCUCACUCCUUGUGCCCUGGACGCCAGGGAGCCACACCCCAGCAGUGGUGGGCCGGCCUGGCCCUCCAGGCCGGGAAGGAACACACUCAGACUUCCCUCUGCUUUGUCUCGAGGCCUGUAGCUGCCCAGCUCACCUGUGCCCAAGGUUCCCAGUAGCAGGGGGGCGGGGUGGGGGGAGCAGGGGUGCGGCUGUGGUGUCUUGUUCUGAAAUAAAGCAGCUGCCUGCUCCACCCGCCUCCCUGUCCUCUCCACUCACUGCUGCUCAUCCCGCUGGCGGUGCUUUGGCCAGGGCAGAGCCAAGCUGCUCGUUCUCUUCUCUCUCCCUCUCUCUCUCUCACUCUCUCUUUUUCCAUAAACUUUCUCCUAGACAGUUUUAAAUUUACAGAACUCUCGCAAAAAUGAUACAGGGAGCUCCCAUGUAUCACACACCCAGCUUCUCCGUCAGCACCGUCCAUUAGGAUGGACACUUCUUACAACCAAAGAACCAGGAUUCGGGCGCGCCUGGGUGGCUCAGUCGGUUAAGCCUCCGACUUCGGCUCAGGUCAGAUCUCACAUUUGUGGGUU